ACAUGCUCUCUAUUACUCUUUUCAGCGCCGUUUCCAGUGCAUAUGUACACAGAUGUCCGUUGGCCGCCAGAGUUGCUAGCAAGAACACCUGCACGAUCGUCUCCCCCUCACACCUGCUCCUCAUUAAAAUCUGUGUCUGUCUCUGUGAGAUAUUCCAUCGGACGGCAGCUGCCCCCUCGUGGCAAACACUCGCUUCUUCAUACUCCAUCCAGCUGGAAAUUAUCAGUUUAACUUUGGCUCUUGUGUUGAAGUGAAGCCCGUCUUAGUUGGUGACAAUUCGAAAAAUUUCUGCUUGUCAUGCAUUUAUAAGUGCUGAGGUGGCCGCUGUUGUUUCAUUGUUAAUGGCGUGGCUCAUCAUUCGGUGAGCUAGAAAAUUUCAUGCUAACUUUUCGAGCGUCUGCAAAAUUUUGUGCAAGAAAGAUGUGGAACCCACUGGAUCCCAAUCACAACUGAUCGCUUCAGCCGACUUUACUCGCAUCUGUAGAAAGUGUGUGCCAUGUCGGCAAGUGUUGUGAUUUAAAAACAGGUGCAGUAAAGAAGUCAAGUGUUUAGGAUAAUAUAAUUUGAAACAGAUGCUGCUCUUCAUCUCACACUUGUACAACUACCCAGCUCAGUAUACUCUGUCACACGUGCAAAAUUUUCAAAGCUGGCCUAUGUGGUCUAGACAAGUUAAUGUGUCGGGUCUUUGAUGCCUGGACUUUAGCGAUCCUUGGUAUGGAAGAAUCCAAAUAUAAUCUUUGAUUUCAAAUUGAGAGCCUUCAAAGUUCCCAAAAAUUUCACAGUUUAUUAUUUAUACAUUUUUUCUCAUGCCACGACCUGGGAAAGUCGCAAAGAGCACUUACUCGGCUCCGAUCCAAAGGAAAGAUCAGGCGAACAUUCGAGAAAUGACUGAAGCAGUUUUAGAUUGCACGACCAGCAAGGCACAAACUCCUGAAUCAAAACAGACUGGAACGCUUAAGCAAACAAACACCAUAAAAGUUCUCCAAAUAAACCCCAAAAGAAUCCUUACAGGACCCAGAGCUUCAAUACCGAAUAAACUUGCAAAAACUUCAACUGAUAGCGCGCCAUUAAGCAUAGAAAAUGAAUAUAAAGUUCAAGUCAAGUCUGAUUUGGAUCGUUACGAUUUGGCUAAGACGAAAGUUAUUCCAUACAACAAAGAGGAAUCGCAUCGCACCGAUUACGAAAAAGUGGUGAAAAUAACUCAGAGUAAAUUGCUCAUUGAAGAUAAAACUGCAAGUGUCAUCAAGCGGCCUGUUGGAGUCAGUAAACAUUUGGAAGUUUUCGCAAAACGAACAAUUUCGAGUGAACCUGAUAUUUCAGCAACUAGUAAUCCUAUUAAAGUCAUCCGGGCUCCUGGCAAUGUAAGCAAAGACGCGACUGCAUCCAACGUAACUUGUUUCCAAAUUUCUUCUUCAAAAACCCCUGCUAUUGACAGAGAAAAUAAAAUUUACACAACCGUAUUAUCAGACAAUCAGGCCUCUAGUUCUCAAAAUUCAACAGAAACCGAAAAGAAACCAGUAGUGAAAACCGAACUACCGACUCCCUCGGAGUCAAUCUCCAGUCACCUGCUGCCACAAACAUCUUCGACUUCAGUCAUUACUCACAACACGGCACUUCAGAACGAGAAUUCCGCAUCUGAUCAAACAUAUGCACUUCGUUCGUCACCGUCGAAUUCCGAUUCCGGUGCCAAAUCCCCAGUGGCGGAUUUCAAAGGGUUCAAAACCUGCAACGUUUUCAUGGGAGCUCCUAGUGCCUCGUCAGUAACCUUCAGCAAUGUGUCAUCUUUCAUACAACGAAACGAGGCUCAGGAGUCACCACAAAUCGUCCCUGUUGACUACAGUAGUCUAACAGCAAGAUCGGAGGCAAUAGAAGACAGAUUAUCAGAGACCAGUGGUUUGGAGAAUGCCAUGAAUUCAAGUUCAUCUUCCUUCUCCUCUACGCUAACUUGCAGUCACUUGGGCAUAAAAAUUGGGGAUUAUGAAGCUAACGUUUCCAUCGGGAACGGCCACAGCGAUGGAGGGAGUCUGGCUGACGGCGGAAGCAACAUGUCGACUUCCGUUGAUGGGUCAUCAGCAAAGCUUCCGAGUAUCGAAUCGGCUUUCAGUCGAGUUGCAGAUUCCUUCAGAUACCCGAAAGAUCCUGCACCUUCGUAUGCGACUCUUAAGCCGCUGGCUCUAGGCACUCCCCAACACUACGUUUCGUACGCGGAAGAAGAAUUUCGAGACCGAGACGAAAGCUGCCAAGCUCACAUGCGUGCCCUCUCAUCGACCACAGAUCCGCACUUGCAAUCUUACGACACUUCGAACGGCGUGAGCCACAAUUCUUUGCUGUAUGGCUUCAACGGAACCGACAUGAACAUCACUGGUGGCUUGACUGUACGAAAUGAAAAUGAGUUAGCCUACCAAGUUCCGUCGUACCCCACUCAUGAUGGGUACUAUCCCAGAUUCCCAAUGGAUCUGGGAAGCCAAAACUACUGCAGCAACUACUCCCCUUCCUCCUUCACCCUUGCGGGCGCAUAUGCAACGGGUGAGUCGCAGGAUCCCCACCAGGCCGUCUCCGCCUUCGUGUCCAAGCACAGCUCGAGUUCCGUGGUCACACGCAGAGCAUCAGCAGCUUUCCAGGCGUCCCUUCCUUCAGGUGUCUCCAACUCAUCGGCCGCUACGACGUCAUCCGUUUCUACUUUGUCUUUAUCUUCGCCUUGGGGCAAGAAAACAAAUCCCAAAGGCGGACUUGGAUCUCGAGGAGGAAAAGGAAAAAGUGCAAAGGUCCAAGAAAAACUCUCGCGUGACGAGUACAAGAAGUCAGCCUGCGAUCGCGAACGCACGCGAAUGCGCGACAUGAACUACGCGUUCGACCAGCUGAGAGACCGCUUGCCUGUCUGCCGCCCGCCUGGCAAGAAGCCUUCUAAGAUGGACAAUAUCAGCGGAAGAGAUAGAUUUCCUUCCAAGCUGGAAACUUUGAGGUUGGCCAUUCGUUACAUCCGCCAUCUAGCGAACACGUUGGCUGUGCCGCAGGGCGCUUGCUACGCUAACUACGACCCCCCUCCCUACAACGUCACUGCGAUGCCGCCCCCACUCCGUUACUACGCGAGUUGCUCGUCCAGCAGUCCAGGCCUGUACGGCCACCCUAUGACAGGAUCCAGCUCGUCUCUGUCACCCCAGAUGGAUUCUCUGGACUACUCCUCCAGCCAUCAGUACGUCCCUCAGGGCAUGACGUCUGUCAUGGAGUAUGGCAGAGACCCUUUUUGGCAUGGCGACAUUUCUGCCCAGCCUGACUACUCUUUCUAAAAUUCCUAGUCGCUAAAAGUCUCAUAAAAUAUUUAUUUUUAUCACUCAACUAUCGCUAUGGCAUUAUAUUUUACUCAUCAGCUUCAGCGCACGAAAAUUUCGCUAAAGCCAUCCACUUGUCAUCAGCCACACAAAAUUAAAGCCCUUCAACUUAAAAUUGAAAAGUGAAUAGUCGCUCAUCGGCCGUUUCCGUACGACGAAAACCUACUUUUUUACUUAAAAUUACUUUGAUCAGCUGAUAGAUUAUUUUGGAGCUCAGUUUAGCGAAAGCUUGAGACUGGAGGAGAAAUCUGAACUUCUUAUGUGUAAUUUCAACUCUUUCACAAUGGUCCGACUGGAAAUUUGCAUCGCGAAAACAUUAUCUCAAAUUCGAAGUUUGUGAAACUAUUGUUUUAUUUACUCAUUCUGUAAUGGAAUGACACAAGAAACUAUGGCAGUAAGUUACGCUCGUAUAAAAAUUUAAUUACAACCUUGAACAUUUUUCGUAUUAAUUGAUUUCUCUUUCCAUUACACGGGCUUUAAUGCUAUACCCUUUAAGUGGUCUUUACAGUAUUAUUGACUCGAUCUAAUGGGAGUAUCCCAUUCUAGUCUAUACCUACACUAAUUGUAUACUCUGAAUAUAGAUUUUGGUAAUAUUCACUAAGAGACUAGUCAUUGUUAACGUAGCAGUUAGUAGAUGAAGAGGUAAAUUAUUGUAGCUUCAAAACAUUACACUUAUUUACUACUCUUAUUUCCAUCGAUCAAGCAGUCAUGAACUACACCUAAAAUCCAUGUGUAUUUCUGGUCAUUGCCUUGUAAGUUUAGUAAUAUGGUCUUUUUUUUUUUGGCUGAACAUUUUAAUGAUUAUUAGGAAAUAUUGAUCUGAAAUUCUCUACCGAUUGAGUAUUAUUUAUGAAAGGACAGUUUUCAUUCAAGUGUUCGUAAUUUUAUCUACACUACCAGCACGUUGCGGCUUCAUAUAAACUUGAUUAAAGUAUGAUUUUCGAUCGAAAAUGUGCAUUUUAGCUUUGAAAUUAUUGAAAUACUGCUUGCUAGCAUCACUAAACUUGUAUGCAUGAAUAGAAGUAACACGCACGGCAAUGUAUUCUCUUUUGCAUGCGUUAUGAGAACUGAAUUUACUUUCUCACUUGGAUACACUGUAUACGAUUAGUCAUAAUUAAAUUGAAUUAACUUACACUAAGCCUCGCACUUUGAUUGCUGAAAAGAAAUAUUUGUAUGAAAUAAUAAAAUGCAUCCAUGACACCAAUUUUAGUAUAUUCGCCCAAAUGAAAUCUGAAUAAACGAUACACUAGAACGAUACAAUAGAUCCGAUUCCAUUCGUGGAAAGAUCAAAUUUUCUUUAGUGAUUUAAAUUCCAUAAAUUAGGUAAGUUUGUUCUUUCAAAACAUCGUCCUCGUGUAAUUUUCUUCACUGAACGUGUUUUUUGCAACUCAUGGAUUUAAAGAUAUACACGAUAAAGGUAAUAAAUGAACAUGACAGUUGUUUUUAAGUGAACACAUUUACUUGUUUAGCUUCACCUCGCCAUUGAUUGCUUGGAUAUGUGUAAAGUUAUUCCUACAAAAUCCGGUGGUAAAAGAAGUUGAAAUUCUAUGCGUAGCUACUGUAUAUCUGCACUAUUGGCUGAAGUCGAACAAACAUUAACAAAAUGUUUUCUAAAAAUCUGGUCUUCUUCAGUACAUAGCAUGUUUUUA